GGUGGUGGUAGUCUGUGCUCUGAGACCGUAAGAGGCAGUGAUGUUCUCCUGUCUCUCAUUCUUCUCUGAGUGCUGCAAAGGCUCUAAAGACAUGUGUGGUGAAAGUCAGAGAGAGCUAGUGAUGAACCGGUGACGCUGUUGUGGUGAUGAAAGUAGUGGUGAUGAAAGUAGUGGUGACGUCAGGCUGGAAACUUAUGUCCUCACUACUAAGAAUCAUCGUGGCUGCAUGGUGGAACAGUUCCUCAAGUGGUGGUUGUGAAAGUGACAUUUCGUUGACUGUAUUGGAAGGACGAAUCAUUAUUCACAGAGGCGAGUACUACCAGACGUGACGUUUUUAAUUAGGACAGGAAACACUGACGCCAUAUCACGGUGUGUAGAUUCAUGUACACUGAUAACUAGCUGCAAUGUCAUGUUAGUGGUGUAAGUGUAGUUCAAAACGACACUACCAAAUCGACGGACUUACCACACCUGACACAAUUUAAUUAACCAGUGUAGCGUUGGAUAAUUCACUAACCCUUCAAGGUGACCAUUAACCACUUAAGACACAGUCAAACUAUCGAAAAAGAAAACAAAUGAGUGUUAGUCGUUAAGAGCAGUGAAACAAUAUUGAUCGAAAAAAGAAAAAACAAAAUCAUCAGAUCACUCAAGAAUACAUAAGAACACUGGAAAUUCAUCACAAUAUUUGUCGAAGCAUCAGAAUCUCUUAUAGGUUUAAUGCAGAAGGAAAAAGAAACUGUUCACUAUAUUCUUCCUCAUCGUACUCACUUAUCUCAGACUAGAGCGUUUGGGUAACUUGUAUAACCAGCCGAGACAACAGGUGACGCUAUCAGAAAAAAAAAUCAAGAAAAAGUGUAGUAACCUGAAGAAAAAAUAACAAUUCAAUAAAAAAAAAGAAAAAAACGUAUUUUAAGGAAGAAAAGAAUAUUCUUAUCUAUUCUAUACGACGACGAUAAGAUAAAUAAUGCGCAAGUUUAAUAAAUGUAAAACUAUUAUCAGGGGUGAAAAUAUUAUCAAGGCUUUAAUGGAAUUCCUUUAGGCAUUGGUAUAUAAGGAAUUAUAUAGCUAGAAAAUAAGAAGGAAAAAAUAACAGGUGAAAUUAUUUCCUUCACGUGAGACAAAACAAAAGAUAUCAAGACCGAACUAGUGAAAAAAAUAUUCUAGAAAUUAUUACACGAAAACCAUAGGUGAUUAUAAUUAUUCACAAAUUAUCAAGAACGAACUCGUAAAAGAAAAUUCCGUAAUCAUUCACAAAUUAUUAAACCCAAACUGGUAAAAAAAAAAAAAAUAAACACUAAAAGCAAAGCAAAUUUGAUUCCGUAAUUUUUUCACUUAUUUUUUUAGUGUGUGCCAUGAAAGAGCUUCAUAAACAGUGUAGAAAUGAUUAAAGAGCCUGUAAAGAGGAUUACCUGGAGUAAGAGGUGUUAAAGAGUGUGUUGGAUGACCACUGAGCCCUAUUGUUACCUCAGACUAACCUGAAAUUACGGAAAAAAAAAAUAAUCUGUAAGGUUUUGAGGUCGUUUGUGCGCGCGCGCGCGCGUGUGUGUGUGUGUGUGUGUGUGUGAGGCUGAAAUUAAUUAAGCAGAACUGCUAUCCUGUGAAAAGGUCAAUAAGAUUUGCUGUUAAUUAAAAAUACCUUCGGAAUUAUUUAUACACCUUGAGAACGAAUCAGUCAAAACAAAAUAUUGACACACGUAUUAAGGAUUACGGCACCAGUUCCUCGCCUCGCUCACCUGUGACAUGAAGACAGAACGAAUGAGUCUUGUGUCUCUCGGAUAUGAUGUGACGUCCAGGAGCCACGAGACCUGAAGAAGGAAGAGCAACAUGAGACUCACUCGACGCAGAAAGGUGUUGAUGCUGUUGAUGGGCUGGAUGAUAGUCACCUUCAGUACCUGGCUCCUUCAUUACGGCACCAACGUCCAUGACCUGGUCAGUGACUCACAGCAGGAGCCUUCGUCAGGAUGGCUGUGGUCGGAGGCUCAGGUGAUACUGGAGGUGGGGGAGCCUGCGAGGGAGGGCAUCCUACUACUGGAGGGGUACGGCUACCCGCGCCUCACUUUCAGGAUGUGGUGCGCCGUCGAGUCUGCCGCCCGCGCCCACCCACACCUUCCUGUCUCCCUUCUGAUGACCUCCCCCGUCAUUAAGGACUCCUCACUCCUCCAUAACUUGACGGGACACUUGAAGAACAUCCACCUCCUCCACCUCAACACCACCCACCUGUUCCAAGGCUCUCCCCUUCACACCUGGUACCAGCAAAGGAAAUGGAGAGAGAGUUUCUGGCCUCUAUCUCACUUCAACGACGCGGUCCGUUGGCUGCUACUCUGGAAGUACGGAGGCGUGUACCUAGACCUCGACGUGAUGGUGUUGCGUCCUCUCACACGCCUCCCCAACUGCACGGCGCUGGAGUCCAGGAAGUAUGUGGCCGCGGGCGUGCUCAAAUUCACCCCCAACCACCCACUGAUGCGGGCGUGCUUGGACUACUUCGCCCAGAAUUUCGACGGGACGGUGUGGGGUGGGAACGGGCCAGAGCUGCUGACACAGGUGUUGAUAGACAGGUGUGGGCUAGAGCUGUCCACUGGCCGUGUUCCCCGAUGCCCUGAUGUGACUGUCUUACCCUCAAGAGCCUUCUACCCAAUAGCGUGGUGGGAGUGGCGGCGGUACUUAGAGGAUGACGCUCGACUGGCAGAUGACCUCCUGGAUGACCCCAAAGUGUACGCCCUCCACAUGUGGAACCUUCACACCCGCCACGUUCCCGUUCUUCUCACCUCCCAGCAACCCUACGCCCGCGUCGCCAACGCCCACUGCCCCAUCACCGCCGCCCACGCCGGCCUGCUCAUGUGAGGUGGUGUAUCUCACUGCUUACAUUACUUGUGCCCCAUACCCAGUCAAAUGCUUUCGAUAUAUAUAUAUAUAUAUAUAU